AUGAACUAUACAUUGUCAUCGUUUGAUCGUCAAUAUCAUGAUUAUCUUAUUUUAUCUCCAAUCUAUGCACUUUAUUUAUGUUCAAUUUAUCAUCAAUGUUCAUGGAUCAUAAAAGCAUUUUUUAUUAUUACUUGUUUAAUAGUUCAAUUAUGUUUAUUUGAAUAUAUAUGGUUAACAACAAACAUAUAUUUUCCAUCAAUUCAUCCUUUACAUCAUUAUACAACAUUUACAUUAAUUAUAUUUCAUAGUUUUCUUUUAGUAAUAUCUUCAUAUAUUCGUGAAUGGUUAGAAAAAAUUGAUUUUGUUUGGCUUAAACAAAUUGAUAAUGAACGUUUAAUUAUAAUUCGACAACGUGAUGAACUUAUUAAACAAACAUCAUUAUAUUUACCACUACGUGUUAUUGAUUAUUAUUUACGUAGUGAUUCUGAUUUAGCAUUAUCUCAACAUUAUCAUAUAAAAUAUGAUCGUAUGGCAUUAUUAUAUAUAAAUUUUUUAUCAUUAAAUAUUGAACAUGAAUAUUUAUUGAUAAAUUAUAUUAAUGAUAUUGAAUAUUUAUUAAAAAAUAAUGAAAAUUAUAUUGAUAUAGUUAUGCAUAAAAAAUCUACAAUUAAAGAAAUUAUGUUUUCAAUUGAUAUAAAUACAGAUGAUUCAAUAAAAAAUCUUCAACAAUUAAUUGAACUCUUAUUUCAUAUUGAUGAACGUUUAAAACAAAUAUCAUCAUCAACAAUUAAUCUUGCUGCUUGUUUACAUAUUGGUUGUGUUCAUGAAAUAUUAAUACAUUUUGAAAAAUAUCCUAAAAUUGAUUUAUGGAGUGAAAAUAUUACACUCUUACAAUUACUUAUUAGUAAAACACAAGUUAAUCAUUGUAUAACAACAGCACCAAUUUAUCAUUUAUUAAAUGAUCUUUAUUUAUUUCGAACAGCGGGUUCAAUUGUUAGCACACAAAUUAAUACAGCUAAUAAUACAAAUAUUUAUUAUCUACUUGGUCGUCUUAUUGGAGAUAAUGUCUUUCAGGGUCGUAAUGCUCUUCCAUUAACGAUUGGUCAUACAAAUGUUGGUACUGUUCAAAAAUCUUCUAGUACAGACGAUUCUCAUCAUUCCCAAUCAUCUGAACUUCAUUGUAAAUUAAAUUCUCAAAAAGAACAAAAUCAUACACAAGCAUCAACAACAACAACAACAACAUCAUCAUCAAUAGUUCUUAAUGAACAACAAACUCUUCUUAAACAAUCAUCAUCAUCAUCAUCAGCUCGAAAACAUGUUAGAAUAUCAAAUCAUCUUUCAUCAAUUGAAAAUCCUUCUUAUCGUCAAACACUUUUACAAGCAUUAAAUGCUACAACAAAAAAUAAUACCAAUAAUAAUAAUACUCAACAUCAAAUAAGUCCUAUUAAAAAAUUAUCUAAUCGAUUAAUAACAAAAAAAAAUACACCAUCACCAAUACCAAAAGAAUUUUAUGUACCACGAAUGACACAUUUAAGUGAUAAUAGUUGUUGGUCAUCAAGAGAAGCUAUGAUACAAUCAGAAACAAGUGGAAGUAAAUGUUUAAUUUUAACACAACAAAUGUUGAAUGGAUCAACAGAUGAUAAUAGUCGAUGUAAAUCAACACCACCACCGCCAUCAUCAGCUCGAAUCUCAGCAUCAAAUCGUCAUUUAUCAAUUGAACGAAAAAGUUUUACAGAAGAAGAUUUUCGUCAAUUACUUCAAGAACAAUCAACAAAAGAUGCUAAUAAUGCAUCUCGAAGUUUAUCAAUAACAAAUGAAGAAACAACUUCAUCAUUUUCUGGUUGGGAUGAUAUUCCAUCAUCACCAUUACCAAGUAUUAAAUCUAAUCAUGUAAACGUUCAACAAAAACAAGAAGAAUCUAUUAAACCUACAUCAUCACCACUUGUUGAUUGUUAUUAUCCACGUCGUCCAUGUGAUCUAUCAUUUACAGUUAAUAUGACCACAAUUGAAGAUGAUAAUAGUAGUCGAACUGAUGCAAAAUCAACAAUUAUUGCUUCACCAUCAUCAACUGUUGUUACAAUUACUUCACCACAGCCUCCACCACCUCCACCACCACCACCACUGCCACCAACACAACCAACACUACCAGUAUCUAUUGCUAAACCAACUGUUAUUACAUCUCCAUCACAACAACAAAUUCCAAGAUAUCGACCAGCACCAUUUAAUUUAGCACGUAAAUUGAUAGCUGAGACAUCUGAAAGUGCUCUAUCAGAAAUUUCCGUUGAAUAUCACCAUGAACCAUGGACACAAAAUAUUGUUUAUCAAUCAAAAGAUCCUCAACGAACACGUCUUUCAUCAAGCUAUAGUAAUUUACAUGAUUUUUUACAAACAAACGACUCAUCAAAAUAUCGUCCUAAACAAAUUCAAUCACCAACAAUAAUUCAUAGCGAUUUAUUACAACGUUGGCUUGAAGAUCAACUUAAUCUAUUUCGAUAUCAAGUUAAACAAACUCCACCAUUAUCAACAAAAAAAAAUAAUCGAUUUUCAAAUAAUAUUGUUAUGAAGAAUGAUUCAACAGAUGAUGAGUCAGAUACUGUUAGUGAACAUACAUUUACUGCUUUAACAAAUCAAUCAAAUUCACAAUCAAAACCUGUAUCAUCAAAUAAACGUCCAUAUAAUCAUGUCAGAUAUAAACCAUUACGAAAAAAUUCAACACCAGCAUCAAAUCUUAUUCGACAUGAAUCUCUUAAAUAUCGUAAUAGACCAUUAUCAUUUGAAAAUAAUCCUCGAUUAAAUAAAACAUCUUAUAAUUAUCAAUCAAAUCAUAUAAAAAAACCUCCUCAUCGAACUGAUUCAUCAUCAAUGCCUCGUUCAGAUUUAAGUGAUAUAUCAUCAUCUCGACCAGAUAAUUUAUCUGAAAGUGUUAUAUCAAAUCUUGAAUCUGAAUAUGAUAAUAUAUAUACUCAACCAAUAAAUUUAAAUACAACAACAACAAUUAUGACUAAUUCACAAAUUUUAAGUGAUGAUGAUGAUGAUGAAACUACUUUAGCAACAACAAUAACAACAAACAAUCGAUGUUACUUUUAA